AUGGCAUCCCAGGGCGCCACACUCCAGAAUUACAACAAUGAGCUAGUGAAGUCCAUCGAAGAUUUGCGCGAGAAGCGUGAAGAGCUGAACCGCCAAAUCCUGAAGGAAGAGGAGGACAAGGCAAAGGUACAGAAAGAGCUGUCGAUUCUUACAGAUCGCUUGCAGAAGGUCAACGAAAGCUUGGUACGCAAGACCCAAGCUCGCAACGAGUAUGACAAGACCAUCCAGGAAACUGAGGCUGCUUACAUGAAGAUCUUGGAGUCUUCGCAGACCCUCUUGCAUGUGCUGAAGCGUGAGACCGUCAACUUGACCAAGAAGAAGCAGGGCUCAGAUUGA